AAAUACUCCUCAUUUCUUCACAACCCAAAAUGACCUCCAAAGCAGUCAAGGCCACCUUCUACAUUUUAUUCCUAGCCAUCAUCACACUUGGAUCUGCCAACUCAGCUAGGAUCCUUGAUGAAGCAACUAAUCCCCUCCCGACAACUGUCCAGGCUUCAAACCCGAUAAAUCCCACCACUCCGUUGCCAAGUGGCCAAAUCCCUGCCACCACAACCGUGGAUGACAACAAGGACGACAUGGAGGCACCAAUUCCAGACGUCACACCACCCGUUGAUGUGGCAUCACCAAUAGUUGCUCCUGUCACCCCCGCAAUGCCAGAAGCCGAUGUCACACCACCCGCUGAUGUGGCAUCACCAAUAGUCGCUCCUGUUACCCCCGAGGUGCCAGAAGCCGACUUACCCCAACCCGAAGAACCUGACACUACUAUUGUGCCAACACCCGUAGCGGGCCCCGUCAUCCCCUCCGCAACCGCGCCAAUCCCGGGCCCAGCCAUCCCGACACCAAAAGUGCCGCUCCCAGUUGCAACACCCGUGGCGGGGCCCGCUACCACCGAAGCGAAACCGCAUUUGGCCUUCUUCAUGCACGACAUUCUUGGAGGAUCCCAACCGUCCGUACGGGUGGUGACCGGGCUCAUCGCCAGCACGGUGGCCAACGUCGCCUUCUCGAAACCCAACAACAACAUCUUCCCCGUCAGCGGUGGGACCCCCCUAAGCAACAACAACCUCAACGGCUUCGUCGACAACAACCGAAACAACCUCCACUCCAUCGCCGGCCUCACCGGCACCACCGGCCUCACCAACUCCCAAUCCAGCACUGUCAUACAAAACUCCGGGAACAACAACAUCGUCGACGGCGGCGACAACCAGCCCUUCGUCACAGCCGGUCAGCUUCCCAACGGCGCCACCCUCCAGAAGCUCAUGUUCGGCUCCGUUACCGUCAUCGACGACCAACUGACCGAAGGACAGGAGCUCGGCUCCGCCGUGCUCGGAAAAGCUCAGGGUUUCUACUUGGCCAGCUCUUUGGACGGAAACAGCCACACAAUGGCGUUCACUGUUCUCAUGCACGGCGAGCAUGACGUGGAGGACACCAUCAGCUUCUUCGGAGUCCACCGCACUGCGGCGCCGGUGUCGCACAUUGCUGUGAUCGGCGGGACCGGGAAGUACGAGAAUGCGAAUGGUUAUGGGGCCAUUGAGAGCCUUCAUCAGGAGGACCAGCACACAACGGACGGUGUGGAUACCAUAAUGCAGAUCAGUGUUUACCUCUCUGAGUAAAAUGUGUGUGCAUAUAGUGUUGUGAGCUUGACAAUGUCACUGUUGGAUUUGAUGUAUCCAUCUUCCAUGUAUCUUUAAUUGAAUGAAAAGCUUAUGUUCUGUUCUUCA